UUGCGUAAACGUGCAGCAGACAGCGACAGAGACCGAGCUGCAAAAGACUGCGCUCCCCUGCGGAAUUGCGUGCCCUAUUUGCGCUAUAACGGGCUGUAUUUAUUCAAUCAAAUGUUCAAGACGAUGGAUUCACAAGAGGCGCUUUGAAAAGAUUUUCCACAGUUUGGGGAGAGUGUUUACGAUGAGCCCAUAAAUUCUUUGGUCGUCAAACCUCAACAAACAAAAUGGUUCGACUGGAGUUGGAUCAGGUGGUGAUGAGGAGGAUGAAGGAGGAAGAUAUCGAGAUGGUCAAAGCCCUUAUCAAGGAGGGCUGUGAGGGAAAUGAAAACCGUCUGAUUCUACAUAUUCUGACACGACCGCUCUGCCUGUUUAUUCUGGCUGUUUUCUCCUCCAUCUUACGUUGUCUGGUUCACUCGUUCAUCUUGGCUCUUGCUAUCCCAGUCUUCCUGCUCAUUGUCUUUCUAAAGAUCACCAUGCCGCGGUCAGUCGGGGUUCUGGGCAGCAGUCGGCCGUCCUGGGACUAUGUUGGCAGUGCCUACAGAGACUCACAGGAGGAAACUCUGCCAAACCCGUACUGUCGAAUCAGUGGAAAGACGCCUACAACAAGAAAGCCCAGACGUAGAUUAGGAGCCAAAGAGAAGAGCAGUUCGACAGAGACGAUCAGCCCAGAGCGAGCGGAGGCGGCAGGGCAGGUGUGGGUGGCUGAGUGCGAUGGAGAGAUUCAGGGCUGCAUCUUCAGAGAGAGUGAGAGGAGACCCGGGAUCAGGAGAAUCUGCAGAGUGGUGGUCAGCUCCUGGUACAGACGAGAAGGUUUGGGUCGACUGCUGGUCCAGAGUCUGCAGCAGAAAGAGAGAGAUGCUGGAGCUCACAGAGUUUACGCACAUGUCCCAUAUCCUUCCAAAGUGGGAGAGGUGUUCUUUAGGAAGUUGGGUUUUCGGAUUCUGGGAGAUUCCGAAGAGGAGGACGAUGACAAAGAAGUAGAAUUAGAAAGUCCAGAAAGAGGUUUCAUGGGAUACCCGCUCACAAAGGUGUUCUAUAAAGACCUGUGAGAAGAGUGAAGUCCAUGGGUUUCAGAAUAAUGGAAAAGUUGGAGUAUUGCCAUAACAGUUAACAAUUUCAUACAAUUUUAUCUUUUGAAUGGCCCUCGAAAUGUCACAUGUAACAGGAAGCUGGGACCCAUGAAGGAGUUAGUUUCAAGGAUGUUUAAGUUAAUUAUUUAUUUAUUUCUAUUUAUUAUAUUUAUGGUGGUUUUGUUUUUGCAAUAUUUAUUAUUCUUUAAGUAUUUGAACUUUUUCAUUCAUAUGCUUAAAUCUUUCUGUAAAACCUGUUUACCCUAAGCCAAACGCUUUGUGAUUACUUUGAAAAUGUGCCAUAGCUGCAUAUAUUUCUGUCCUGAGACAAAAGUGUUUGGAGAUGUACUGUAAAUGAGUGUCUUUUUUAAAACUGAAGAAAGGAAUAAAGUGUUUGCUGUUUUUGCUUUGUCA